GGGGCGCUGCAGCCUGCAGGAGGUGGAGUUUCGGGUUCCAUGUCGGCGCUGUUCUUCAGGUUCUCCUCUGGAAUAUAAACUCUGGAAUGCGUCCCCGGUAGCAGAGCCCGGUCUUCCACACUGCCCGCCGCGCGACGGCGCUUCACCCGGCGGCCGGAGCCAUGUCGACGGCCGCGGACCUCCACUCCCAGAUCGCCUCCAUCAUGGAGGUGCUGGCCAACGCCGCCGUGGCGGAGAUCUGCAGGGCGGUGGAGGACGGCUACGCGGUGGUCCGGCUGGAGGCGUCCCGGAGCCAGAAGGAGAACGACUUCCUGCGGCGGAAGAUGAGGCUGCUGGAGCUGCAGGUCGCCCGGUACCGCGCCGAGAGGACGAGGGAGGCGGGGGGCGGAGGGGGCGGGGGGGGCAGCCGCUUCCCCGGAGUCCGCCUCCUCCCGCGGCACAGCAGGAACUCUCCUCCCGCCCCGUCCCUGCAGAGCAGGACCAGGUUCCUGAACCGGUUCCCCGAAGCUCAACACUCGGUACCCAAGGCUCAGACGGUCAAGCUGGAUCAGGACCCUGAUCAGGAUGUUGUCACAACCACCAAAACCGAGUCAGCAGAGGAGGAGGAGGCGGAGCUGCUGAUUGUGAAGGUGGAGGGAGCCACGGAGACCACACCCACUCUUCUCGAGGCGCCAUGCACCAGAGCCGGCGCCGCCGCCGCCACGUCCAUCCCCCGAAGCCCCGGCCGGCCGGCCGGACGCCGCAGCGGACUGGAGGUCAGUGGAUCUGACGCCGCCAUGACACCCGCCACCAACAGAAGCAGUGACUCUGGGCAUAGUUCCCAGCACGGCCCGACAGCGAGCCUCGUCAGCGCCGCCGCCGCGCCACUCUGCGGCCACGUCACGGGCAGCAGGAACGGUGCCACGGACAAACCCCCCGGGUCGGAGGUCAUCGUCAUCGACGGAGGAGAGACGGCCGAGGGGCCGACGGGGGCGCCCCGCCCCCUCGCUACGGGAAGCCCCUUCCCCCGCCCCCUCCUAGCGGGAAGCCCCUCCCCCCGCCGGGCCGCGGCCGCCGAGCGCCUCUCCCAGGGGUGGGGCCUGCGGCGGCCCGCAGCACGCGGCGGCGGCGAGAAGCCGUUCGGCUGCCCGCUCUGCGGAAAGGCCUUCGCAUGCCGCAGCCAGCUGGACGUGCACGGCCACGUGCACACCGGCGAGCGGCCCUUCUGCUGCGGCGUCUGCGGCCGCCGCUUCUCCCACCCCAGCAACCUCCGCAGGCACCAGAAGGUCCAGCACCCGGGCCAGGGGGGGUCCGGGGGGGCCAGGGGGGCCGGCCAGCAAACCGCCCUGCCCCCGACGCCGGGCCGGACCGGGAAUGGGACCGGGACCGGGAACCUCCAACCUGAACGCUGCAGGCAGGAAGCAGUCCAUUCAGCACUGACCGUCCUGGAACCCCAGACCCAGACCCAAACCCCCCAGACCCGAAACCCUCCCAGACCUGGAACCCCCCCAGGACCCAAACCCCCCCAGACCUGGAACCCCCCCAGACCUGGACCCCCCUCAGACCUGGAACCCCCCUCACCAGGGGGAGGAGCUACGUCACCAGGGGGAGGAGCUGGGAGUAGAAACUCCUCCACAUGGAGAGGAGCAGCUGAGGAGGCUCAGCUUCUGUUGAGGGUGGAGCCUCCCUGGACAGGCCCCGGGGAAGACCUGGACAGGAUGGACGGAGCUGGAGGAAGAGUCCGGGGACGGGAAGGCUGGACAUCUCCGCUGAGCCUGCUGGUCCCGGGUCAGCGGGGACCGUGGGGAUUGGCCCGGUGCUGCCGCUCCACUAAUCAGGACUCAUUAAAUCCACCUUGUGGGCUCACACCGGCCGCCGGGCUGCUCCAGUUCCGGUCAUGUUCUGGCACCGCUGCAGAAGACUCCGCAGGAGUCCCAGAUCAAGCUGAACAGAAGAACGUCGGUGCUGGAAGGAAGACUCUGCAGAGCGCCACAGGCCCGAGCAGACUGGACCAGAGAACGGGCCAGAACCAAGGUGAUCCCCGGCAGCCCCCCUGUUCCACCGUCAGCACGGCGCCGGGUUUUGGCUCCGAGGGUCCUCGGCAGCGCGGGCCCGUCGGGGCCGGAUCGCCGCGGCCGGUCGACGGAGCGGCUCCUGGGCUCCGCCCGCCGCCGGGCGAGCCUCCGGGCGACGCCGAGUUUGAAGCGGUCGUCCAGUACGGCGGCUUCAGUGUGCUGCCCGUUGCCGUGGGAACGGCGGCCUCCCGACAUCAGCGCCGGGAGCCUUCCGGGCACGGGGCGGGUCAGGACGAGCCGCCGCCACCCCCCCUUCCCCACGCCUGCACCUUCUGCUCGCGCCGCUACGCCCACCAGUGCCAGCUACGCAUCCACGAGCGCGCGCACGCCGGCGAGAAGCCGCACCGCUGCGCGCAGUGCGGCAAGAGCUUCGGGCAGCUCUGCAGCCUGAAGCGCCACCUGGUGGUGCACACGGGGGAGCGGCCCUUCCCCUGCCCCCACUGCGGGAAGCAGUUCUCCACCGCCGCCAACCGCAAGGUGCACCAGAGCGUGCACACCGGCGAGCGCAGCUUCCACUGCGCCAAGUGCGGCAAGAACUUCUCCUUCCUCAGCAACCUGAUCCGGCACCAGGCGCUGCACGCCCGGUAGAGGCUGCAGGGUCCGGGCGCCGCUCGGGGUUUACAUGUUCUCCCUGUGCACGCCGCUCGGGGUUUACAUGUUCUCCCUGUGCACGCCGCUCGGGGUUUACAUGUCUCCCUGUGCACGCCGCUCGGGGUUUACAUGUUCUCCCUGUGCACGCCGCUCGGGGUUUACAUGUCUCCCUGUGCACGCCGCUCGGGGUUUACAUGUCUCCCUGUGCACGCCGCUCGGGGUUUACAUGUUCUCCCUGUGCACGCCGCUCGGGGUUUACAUGUUCUCCCUGUGCACGCCGCUCGGGUUUACAUGUUCUCCCUGUGCACGCCGCUCGGGGUUUACAUGUUCUCUCAGAGUGAAUGAGCUCAGAGUGACGUUUUUGUAUUUAAAAUUCUGACAUUCGACUUUAAUCUUGGAAUUCUGGAAAUAAAGAGUUUUUCACCCGA